AUGGGCGGAUACCUUUCUGGGGGCUUCGAGGCCAGCGUGGCAGCGGUGGUCAAGGAGGUGCUGAGAGAGCACUCCGCCAUCGUACAGCCUUCCGAGAUUUCGAACGCAGAUGAGACCUUCUUCGAGAACCAGCUUCUGGCUGCCCUCAAGAAGGAGGGCAUGGAGACAUGCAACUUGAUUCUUGGGAUCGACUUUACACGGUCCAACCUGACCCAGGGAAAGGAGACCUUCCACAAUCUGAGCUUGCACGCUUUGCGCUCGCCGCACGGGCCCAACCCCUACCAGCGCAGCAUUGAAAUUGUGGUGAAGGCCCUUGCGCCCAUGUUCGACGAAGACGGCCUCAUUCCAGCCUUCAUCUUCGGAGAUGUCUCGACCAAAGAUCGCGCCGUCCGACCGCUUGUGACAGGCAAAGACAGCAUCCCGGUCGAUGAUGUCCUACCCGCCUACACCAAGGCUGUCGAGCAGCUUGGAGCGGGUGGCCGCGGGCUGUCGGGGCCCACCUCCUUCGCUCCACUGAUCUACAAGGCGAUCGAAGUGGUGCGCCAAAAUGGCAAUGAGCAGCACAUCCUACUCAUCCUGGCGGAUGGCGCAGUCGACGAUGAGGCGUGCUGCGAAGCUUCGCGUCAAGCACUCGUGAGCGCCAGCGAGUGUCCGCUCUCCAUCGUCAUGAUUGGCGUCGGUGACGGCCCAUGGGACGUCAUGAAGGAAUUCGACGAUGGACUGUCCAGCCGGCACUUCGACAACUUCCAGCGCCUUAGCUGA